GCAGAACUGGCUGGGCUUAUCUGGGCGGAAAAAGCCGCUCUCCGCCGCCCAGAAGGAACAGUUUUUCAACGUCGCGCCGCCUGAAGGCGACCCUGAAAUAGCCCCUCUAGAUCCGCACUUCCCCUUCCAGUACAGCUACUCCGAAACCCCCUCCACCCCCCCGAUCGGUUACCGCGAACCUCCCUUCUCCCCCUUCGGCCCUGCCACCAUGUCCCGCCCCUGGACCGGGCGCGCCCUGCUGAAAAAGGCGAAAAAAGGGGGCGGGGCGGGUAAUUUACCCCGGGUGAUUCCAGAGUUUGACUCCUUUGUGGCGCCGAGGCGGAAGAGGGGGAUGAAGGGCGUGCAGCCCCCAGGGCCGUUUGGGGAGGGGGAGGGGCCGCGGUAUGUGCGGACACGAGAGGAGGUGCUGGGGGCGCCGUUGACAAGGGAGGAGGUGGAGGAGAUGGUAGCUGAUUGCAAUAAAGGAAGACGCCAGGUGAACCUAGGUCGAGACGGCCUAAUUCACAACAUGCUGGAGCUGAUUCACACGCACUGGAAGCGGCGGCGGUGUGUGAAGGUGAAGUGCAAGGGCGUGCCGACCGUUGACAUGGACAACGUGUGUCAAGUGGUGGAGUGCAAGGGCGUGCCGACCGUUGACAUGGACAACGUGUGUCAAGUGGUGGAGUGCAAGGGCGUGCCGACCGUUGACAUGGACAACGUGUGUCAAGUGGUGGAGUGCAAGGGCGUGCCGACCGUUGACAUGGACAACGUGUGUCAAGUGGUGGAGUGCAAGGGCGUGCCGACCGUUGACAUGGACAACGUGUGUCAAGUGGUGGAGGACAAGACGGGAGGCAGGAUCAUCAAAAGACAGGGAGGCACGCUCUAUGUGUUCCGCGGGCGCAACUACAACUACCGCUUGCGCCCACGCCUGCCCCUCAUGCUGUGGAAGCCCCCUGCGCCCAUCUACCCCAAGCUCAUCCAAGUCGCCCCUGGGGGGCUGACACUCAGACAAGCGCAGGAGCUGAGGCGUAUUGGCAGGAAGAUCAAACCGCUCUGCAAACUAGGCAAGAACGGCGUGUACCACCGGCUGGUGGGCGUGGUGCGGGCGGGGUUUGAGGAGGCGGAUCUGGUGCGGGUGGACUGCAAGGGCAUGAACAAGAGCGACUACAAGAAGAUUGGCGCCAAGCUCAGGGACCUGGUGCCAUGUGUCCUGCUCUCAUUCGACAAGGAGCAGAUCCUCAUGUGGCGCGGGCUGGACUCGCAGGAACCUUCUUCCGAGCCUUCCCCUGAAGGCCCCCCUCAAGAAUCAUCCAAGGGAUCAUCUCAAAGUGGCUCUCAAGGAGAAGGAUCUUCAAGCCAUGUGAAGGUCGCAGGUAUUGGAAAUGGGCAAGCGGGUCCGGAUUCUGCGGUGUCAUCUUCCUCUGAGAUAGGAGGUGAAGCGGUCUUUGAUGAGUUUGAGGAGCUUUGGGAGAAGGCGACAAAAACCGGGGAGAUAACGCCGCUAGAUGGCUCAAAGAAGUUGUGGUGCCUUUUCGUGAUCGCUCUGCUAUUAUGUGCGUCCAUUCACUCCGCCGACGCGAAGAAAAAGAAAAAGGUAGUAGUGGAGGAAGAGGAGGCAGCAGACGAGGGAAGCGCCGCGGCUGAGCAGAGCGACGAGGGUGACGCAGAUGAGAAAACAACCACCAAAACUUCCAAAGCAGACGCUGAAGCGUCAGAGGAUGAAGACGCAGAGCCGCCUGCGAAACCCUUAAAGUCGUCGAAAAAAGCCAGCAAGCUCAAGAAGGCAGCGGAGGAGGACGAGGGGGAAGAGAAGGAGGAAGCAGCAGCAGACGCUGACGAGGCCGAUGCCCCUGCUCCGAAAAAGGUAAAGUCCGCGAAGAAAGCGAGCGACGACGAAGAGGAGGACGCAGACGCUGCACCUGUCGCUAAGAAAAAGGCUGCAGCGGACGACGAGGAAGCUUCCGCGGAAACGGAAGACGAAGAGGAAGCUCCUGCGGCGAAAAAGAAGCCUGCAGCAAAAAAGAAGGCUGCCGCCGCGGAGGAGGAAGCAGGUGAAGAUGAAGCAGCCGAGGAGGAGGAUAAGCCGAGCAAGGCCGCUGUAGCUAAGGCCGCUAGCGCUAAAGAAACGGAUUCCGGGGAGGACGAGGAAGCAGAAAGCGAGAAGGUUACGGCGACUACAGCCGAUGAGGACAAACCGAAAGCUGCGAAGGGCGGCGUCACGGCUGUUUCUAAGGAUCCUCCUAUGGAGUCGCCGAAAGUCCCAGCCACGGCGUGGAAGUCGAAAAACCAGACGCGCGACGACAUUGAUCCGCAAGCGAUCAUGGUGUCCAAAAAGUGCCGAGCGGAGAUCCGGCAGUUCCGAUCCGACAUGUACAGGGACCUCUCCAUGGACAAGGCCAUGUCGACGGCGUGCAAGGCGGACAUCACCAAGUUCUGCGACGACGACUUCCUCUAUCCCGAACCCGGCAACAUCAUUGCCUGCCUCAGGGAGGUGAAGCAGGUGGAGAAGCUGCAGGACGCGUGUCUGGCGGAGGUGCUGCGGCACCAGAUGGAGGCGGCGGACGACUUCGUGAUGGACCCGCAGCUGCGCGAGCUCUGCAGCGGCGAGGCCGACCGCCUCUGCAAGGGCGUCGAGCCCGGGGAAGGCCGCGUGCAGAACUGCCUGGUUAGUGUGGCACAUUGGGAGGUGGCACAUUGGGAGGGAGUCUAUUUUCUAGGCGCCUCAGAAAUAGCAAGGGCGUCGAGCCCGGGGAAGGCGGCAUUUAGAUCUGGCUGGUCGAGGGAGCACCGCACGAAGCUGGCGUGGGAUUGCCAGGCGGAGCUGUUCCGCCAGGAGGUGGAGAACGCCGACGACAUCCGCCUCAACGUUCGCCUCUUCCAAGCGUGCCUGAACGACCAGCGCAAGUUCUCGUGCCUGAACGACCAGCGCAAGUUCUGUGCGGAUGUGAAGUAUGGGGAUGCGCGUGUGAAGGACUGCCUGGAGGACCACCGCCUCGACGACGAGUUCUCCCCUGGCUGCAAGACGGAGUUUGAGAAGAUGAUGGCGCGGAGGGCCACGGAUUUCAGGCUGGACUCGCGCCUGCGCAAGUACUGCAAGGGCGACAUUGCCGAGAUCUGCUAUCCGGACGCGGAGGACAUAUCAGACGUGGCAAACUACGACGCCAAGGUGAUCCAGUGUCUGCAGGACUACCGCGACGAGCUCAAGGACCCCAAGUGCAAGGCGCAGGUGCACAAGCUGACGGAGAGGGAGAUUGAUAUUCGCUUUAACAAGCCCCUUGCUGACGCCUGCCAAGCUGAUCGCACGACGGUGUGCAAGGAUGCACCAGACGGGCAGGCGUCGGUGUUCAUGUGCCUGCAGGACCACAUGCCGCAGCUCAAGGAGGCGUGCCGCAACUCUGUCUUUGAACAGCUGGUGCGCAUGGCGGAGGACAUAGACUUCAAGUUCCCCAUGAAGAAGGCGUGUCAUUCGGAGCUUGACAAGUUCUGCAAGGACGUGCCGCACGGCCACGCCUCCCGCAUCAAGUGUCUGCAGGACCACAUUGACGAUGCCGACUUCGGGGAGGCGUGCCGCAAGGAGGUGCAAUCCGACCUCGUGCGAUCGGCACAAGACUACCGGCUGAACUACCGGUUGCACAAGGCGUGCCUGCCGGACAUCCAGCAGCAGUGCCUGCACGCGUGUGACGCGGCCUCAGCCAACGGCACCGCCACAUGCGGCGGCAUGGUGCUGCGCUGCCUGCAGGACAACAAGGCCAAGCUGCAGUCCCCCUCCUGCACCCAGGAGGUCGACUCCUUCAGCGUGAUAGAGUCCAAGGACCCGCUGUCCUUAGAUGUGCCGCUGCAGAAGGCGUGUCAGGGGGAUCUGGUCAAGCUGUGCCCGGAUGUGAGCCGGGACCACGCUCGCACGCUGUCGUGCCUGCGGACCAAGAGGGAGAAGCUGUCGACGCCGUGCCGGGAGGAGGAGAUGCGCUUCAGCAUCAUGGAGGCAUCGGACAUUCGCCUCACACCGUCCCUCAUGAAUGCAUGCGGCCAAGAGCUGCAGAGCCUGUGCCGCGAUGCGCCCCCCACGGAGGGGCAGGCGUUCAAGUGUCUGCAGGAGCGGCUGCAGGACGUGGGCAUGGGCGCGGCGUGCAAGGGCGAGGUCAACCUGCAGGAGGCGAGGCACGCCUCCAACUACCGCCUGGACGUGCGCGUGCGCAAGGAGUGCGAGGACGAUGUUACCAAGUUCUGUAACGGUGUAGAUGCGGGGCAGGAGGGGCAUGCGCUAGUGCUCAAGUGCAUGGUGGGGAGCUUCAAGAGCCUCUCUGCCUCCUGCCAGUCAGAGGUGUCCUAUGCGGUGCGCAUGGCACUGUUCCAGUACCACAAGGGGGCAGCCCUCACCCAACCCUGCGACACAGCCGUAGAAGAGCUCUGCAACACCGGCAGCGCUGCCGCUGCCACCACUCCAGUCAAGGAGAUCAACGGAGCAGUGAUCGGCGUGUACGGGCAGUGCCUGGUGUCGCAGAAGCGGCAGCGCCUGCCGGAGGAGUGUCGCACGCUGGUGAAGCUGGUGGCCAAGGAGGGCGCGUAUGUGGGUGGCACCGUGGACCAGAACAAGCUUGAGGAGACCCUCAUGAAGCUCAAGGCGCUACAGGAGGCGGCAACAGCGGCAACAACAGCAGACGGCGGGAGGAGUGUUGCUCACGACACGGGGCUCGUCAUUUCCGGGUGGCUGGCUGCUGCUGCUCUCGCAGCGGUGGUCAUUGUCGCCAUUGCCAUCGGCUGUGCUGUAUAUUACAGGUUCUUCAGCCCCACUCGCAACUACACUCUGGUCGUCAAGUCUGCUCCAGGCGCUGUUGGGGUGUAG